ACACCGCCUUAAAAUCAGAAAAAAAAAAAAAAAAGGCCACUACAAUAAUUAUUUACGCAUCUUUUUCUUUGUGAGCGGCAGGCAAUUUUUAUGGCUUCUUCUCCUCCGUCGUUCCCUUUGAGCCUCCGUUCCAUCUCCAUCUCUCUUCCACUUCGUCAUUGCCAUUCAUGAUUUCAGCUUCUCUGCUUUCUCAACCCUGUCUUUCUUCCAGCGAGGACUAUUUCAGUUCGAACUUUCGUGGAAUAUGCUGAUUUAGUGUCAUUCAAGUUUUACGAACCUUAAUUCUUUAAUAUACAAGAUUCUUCUUCUCUUCUAUUAAAAUCAAGUUUGUACCAUACAAAAGGUUCAACCAAAGCUAGCUAGCUAGCUAGCUAGCGAGCUCUCUCAUACAACCCCCACAAUUUUUUCAAUAAUUUUUUUUUUACCAGGGAAGUAAACCGGAAACAUAUACUUUGAUACGUUGCAAAGUUUGGAAACCGAAGAUAAAAGAUGGGUUUCUUGACACUCUUUGAGGUGGCAUCUAUGCCAAUUAUACAAGUUCUCCUUAUCAGUGGACUGGGAGCUUUAAUGGCUACAGAGUAUUUCAACCUUUUGCCUGCCGAUGCUCGAAGAUCGUUGAACAAGAUUGUGUUCGUGAUCUUCACUCCUUCUCUCAUGUUUGCAAAUCUGGCCAAGACUGUCACACUCGAGGACGUUAUUUCUUGGUGGUUUAUGCCCGUGAACAUUGCACUUACUUUUGCAAUUGGAGGGAUUCUUGGAUGGGUAGUUGUCAAGCUACUGAAACCAAAGCCUCAUCUGGAAGGUUUGAUCAUUGCUACAUGUUCAUCAGGAAACUUGGGGAACCUCGUCCUCAUAAUUAUCCCUUCAAUCUGCGAGGAAGAUGGAACUCCAUUCGGUGAUCAUAAAACCUGUAGCUCUAUUGGACUCUCCUAUGCCUCUUUUUCCAUGGCGCUUGGCGGUUUCUUCAUCUGGACUUAUAGUUAUCAGCUGAUACGGGCUUCAUCCGUGAAAUUUAAGGCACUUCAAACAGCAGAGGAGGUUGAAAAGGCACCAAACAAGGAUUUAGAUUCUGAUGCCCAAACUCAGCUCCUGAAAGGAGAAGAUGAAGAGCAUGUUGAUAUAAUUGUGUCAACCAAGUCUGUAGAAGACCCUGAAAGCCAAGAUAUAGUAGUAGCCCAAGGAUCAGAUGGCACAGUGGACAAAAAAAGUGCAUCAUUCUUGCAUAAAGUGGCAGAGCUUCUUCACCAAAUUUUGGAAGAGUUAUUGGCACCUCCAACACUGGGUGCGUUUGUCGGAUUCAUCUUUGGGGCAGUUUCCUGGCUGAGAAAUUUAAUAAUUGGUGAAAGUGCCCCACUGAGGGUUAUCCAAGACUCCAUACAAUUAUUGGGGGAUGGAACAAUUCCUUGUAUCACCCUUAUACUCGGUGGCAACCUCAUCCAAGGCUUGCGCACAUCAAAGAUCAAACCUCUUGCCAUAAUCGGUGUGAUUUGUGUUCGAUACAUUUUACUUCCUGUGAUUGGCAUCUUUAUUGUGAAAGGAGCUGGAAGUCUUGGAUUUCUUCCAUCAGAUCCUCUGUUUCAUUUUGUUCUGAUGAUUCAGUUUACACUUCCACCUGCCAUGAAUAUUGGUACUAUGACUCAGCUUUUUGAUGUGGGUCAAGAAGAGUGUUCGGUUCUCUUUCUGUGGACCUAUUUGGUUGCAGCUCUAGCACUCACAUUUUGGUCUACAGUAUACAUGUGGGCCUUGUCUGGAACAGCCUAGGGCUAAAGACUAGAUUGUAGAUUCCUCUAUACAAACUGAAAUAGCUCAAUCUGUGAAAAGAAAUUAUAAAGCCUCGGGUUUAUUUUUCCCCAAUUUUAAUUUGCAUUGUUAAUUUUCUGAGCGAUUGCUCUAUCUCUAUUCUUUUUCAAAAUUUUUAGAAUUUGUUUGUUUGGUGGGGGAUUUGGGCGUGUCCAAUGUUUAAGUGUGCUACAUGUACAGGGUGAAAAAUAUCUAAAAGAAAAGAAUCAAGUAGGGUUUAGCAGCUCCAUGGAUCUCCUGAAGAAGAUCUCCUAUACACGUAGUGUUUCUUCUAUUAUAUUUUGUUUUAAUAUGAAUUUUGGUUGUAGUUUUUACCCAUUCAAAUAGAUAUAGUUUCCACAUAA